AAAAAGAGUUGUUUUAGGACCCGGGAGUAACACGGUCCCUCUGCGUCCUGUUUCCGCCAUUAGGAAAAAGAUUACAAAUGACUGCAGGAGUGUCAGCGAGGAAGAAUUUAGAACCAGGCUCCUUGAGUUGAUCCCACUCUAUUUUCAUCUAGAAAUUAGUCAAUUACCUUCCACUGACAGGGGACAGGCACUCCUUAACGACUAGCCUUCACUCUCAUGGCUACCUACAAAGAACGAGGGAGGUGACAAUUAUUUUAUAGAAUAGUUAAGUGAAGAGUAAGAAAGUGGCUAUUUGCUUGUUGCUGGAGACACAAGCACCAACUCCAUUGCUUCGGCUGAUGAGUGCAACACAGAAGAAGAAAAGGGACGAACAGCAGCAGGAAGGAGGGAGGAGACCAAGCUGACGAUGGUAUUGAUUUCUCGAGGGAUUCAAGCGAGAAGAUUGAGAAGGAGACGGAGACCUUUGGAGGUCUAAGCAGAUGAAAAGCAAGUGACUAGAGCCUAGACAUUGAACAGAGAGAGAAAGGGAGGUCCUCCUCUUCUCCCCCCAUUAUCAAUCAUGUUUGUCCAAGACAGAUCCGAACCAGCAGCAGCGCCAUCCCCGCCACCACCCAAUUACUCAAAAUCCCAAAUCAAACCCACAAGGCUUCCUCAUCUGCCCAAGCACAAAGAAGACGAAGAAGGACCUCACAACGCCCUAGGCCUCUCCUGCUUCUCCCAUAACCUGUCCAAGGUUCUUGUCUUCUCCUUCGCCCUUGCCACAGCGGCCAUCGUUUUUUUCCUCUUCCGCGCCAGCGACGCCACCGCCUUCUGCUUCCAGUCCGCCUCUCUCAGGGAGAUAGAGUCGAAAAUUACAUACCCUCAAGUCCAAUUCAAUUCUGUUCCGCCAAUCACCGACCGUACGAAGUACUCCUCCUUCAAAACCGAGCGAUGGAUCGUCGUCUCCGUCUCCUCGCCCCCCACCGACGCCGUCCGUGCUCUGGUGAGGAUGAAGGGAUGGCAAGUUCUCGCGAUUGGCAACGCCGACACUCCGAGUGACUGGCAGUUGAAGGGUGCCAUCUUCCUCUCUCUCGAUGACCAAGCCAAAUUAGGCUUCCGAAUCAUUGACCAUCUUCCCUACAAUUCUUACGUUAGGAAGAACGUUGGCUAUCUCUUCGCCAUCCAGCAUGGCGCCAAGAAGAUAUACGAUGCCGACGAUCGGGUGGAAGUUAUCGGCGGGGAUCUCGGCAACCAUUUCGAUGUCGAAUUGGACGGGGAGGAGGCCCGAAGAGGGACGAUGUUGCAGUAUGUUCAUCGGGAGGUCCAGAACAAGAACAAUAGCCACGUGGGUAGUCCGGUUGUGAAUCCGUAUAUACAUUUUGGGCAGAGAUCUGUCUGGCCGAGAGGAUUGCCUCUUGAAAACGUUGGAGAUCUCGGGCAUGAAGAAUUCUAUACGGAGGUCUAUGGCGGGAAACAAUUCAUACAGCAGGGUAUAUCGAACGGUUUGCCGGACGUUGAUUCGGUGUUCUACUUCACGAGGAAGACGGGAUUCGAGACAUUCGAUAUCAGAUUCGAUGACCAUGCCCCUCGAGUUGCAUUACCGCAGGGGCUAAUGGCGCCCAUGAAUUCGUUCAAUACAUUGUUCCACGGUCCCGCUUUUUGGGGUUUGAUGCUCCCUGUUUCGGUUAGUUCCAUGGCUUCGGAUGUGAUCAGGGGAUACUUGGCACAGAGGAUUCUGUGGGAGAUGGGAGGAUGUCUUGCUGUUUAUCCUCCAACAGUUCAUCGGGUUGAUCAGAUUCAACUGUAUCCAUUUGCAGAGGAGAAAGAUUUACAUGUUCAUGUAGGUAGACUGAUCAAGUUUUUGAUCUCUUGGCGAUCGAAUAUGCAGACGCUGUUUGAUAAGAUACUGCAUUUGAGCUAUUCCAUGGCGGAAGAGGGGUUCUGGACGGAGCAGGAUGUGAAAUUCACCGCAGCUUGGCUCCUGGACUUGUUAGCGGUUGGUUAUGUUCAGCCAAGACUAAUGACGCUCGAACUCGAUCGGGGGCGGACAGUUGUUGGUCAUGGAGAUCCGAAGGAAUUCGUCCCGCUCAAGCUUCCAUCAAUGCAUCUUGGUGUUGAAGAAGGGGGAGCUGUGAACUUUGAGAUCGGAAACCUCAUACAGUGGCGAAAGAAUCUUGGCAAUGUUGUUCUGAUCAUGUACUGUGAUGGCCGUAAUGUGAACCAUACUGCUUUGGAAUGGAGAAUGCUUUACGGGCGGGUAUUCAAACGGGUAGUCAUUCUAUCGGAACAGGCCAAUCCUGAACAUGGUGUUGAAUUUGGUGGGAAAUACUGGGAAGUGUACAAGGUCCUACCAAAGAUAUUUGACAGAUUUGCAAAUGCUGAAGGGUUUCUUUUUAUUACCGAUGACACUAUCCUCAACUAUUGGAACCUACUGCAGGCAGACAGGGAUAAGCUAUGGAUUACUAACAAGGUUCCAAAGUCCUGGAUUACUGCACCUACCAAUUCUAAGAAUUCAGCUUGGUACAUAAGAGAAGGUGUGGAUAUCGUGAAGAAACUUAUGACCUCUCUUCCUGUCCAUUUCCAAAUCAAUUACAAGGAGAACAUUGGUGAAGAAAAGCUUGUCAUCUGCAGUUCAGACAUAUUUUAUGUUUCUCAGCGAUUUGUGGCAGAUUUUGUUGAUCUUGUGAGCCAUGUUGGAGAUCUGAAGCUGCAUCAGAAGAUUGCUGUACCAAUGUUUUUUCUGGCAAUGGAUUCAUCAUCUAACUUUGAUUCUCAGGCCCUCAAAAGUAUGAUUUACAGAGUUGGUGGUGAAUCAUCUGACCCUAAGAGCUUUUAUUUGGCUCAAGCUGCUGCCGUCCAUCCAUGGAAGGUGUCCAAUGAUUCUGAUUUCAUGAAGCUUAUUAGGGCCAUGUCUUCAGGUGAUCCACUCUUACUGGAGCUGCUGUAACAUCACUUGGAGGAGUUUGUUACGAAGAUUGUUUAUUGGGAUUAAGCAAAGUGGUUUGGAUGGGGGAUUCUUUUGUAGAUGCAUGCCUCUGUUUACUUAAAGAUUCGUGAAUCUGCUGCGCACUCAAGCCGACAAUGCAAAUAGAAAUUUCUUGGAUUCAACAGAAGUGGCUGUACAAGGGUUCGUUAAUAGAAAACUUCCACACAAAGAAUGAUAUUCUGUUUCCUGUCAUUGCCAAAGGAAAAAUUGUAUCUGAUAAUCAUCAAUGAAAAAUCUCUCUCUAUCUCUCUCU